AUGUCGGAAGAACAGAUGGUGUCUGACGGGACACGGCCAGAAGAUGUCGACUGUGCCAAAAACAUCAGUUCCCUGUCUCUGCGCACGGGGCUGGGGACACCUGCACUUGAUGAGCUUCCUCCUGAGCUCAUUUUUAUGAUUUGCUCCUUUCUUCGUCCGAUUCGGCCAAUGCAUGAGGUGUUCGCAAGCAGAGCGACGUACGACUUUGGCACGGUUUACGACACGUUACAACACGAUUGGCGUACGGUAGAACGUCUCUCAGUCACCAACAGACGAUUGAGGCGCCGUAUCGCCGACAGCGGCUGUCUUUACCGAACAAUCAUUGUCAAAGGCAAUUCAUUUUGGCGCGUCGUCUCACUUCUCUGGAGUCUGAAGAAGAAUCCUGCAAUUGGUCCAGCGGUACGGAUGCUCUACAUGGGUCUUGCCUUCGAGGUCUAUCCCAAGGAUGGUUCAAUGCCACCGCCUCAGCAAUAUCACCUAGACUUCGUGUUGAAGAUGGCUACAGAGUGCAAUGUACAGUAUCCAGCGGCAUUAUCAUCCUCAACAGCCCCGGUCCCGAGUGACAAUCUUCAAUGCGAGUGGACUAGUCUCCUUGCAAGAGUCAUUCUGGCCAACAUGACCAACAUCGAAGACAUUGGCAUCAAGAUCAUAAGCAGAGUCUUUAGAGGAAUGGAGCCGCCUUCUACGUCCUUUUUCAAAGGCCUGAAACUCCCCAAUCUCCGGUCUAUGGCCGUGAGACUCGAAAACUGCAGCAACUGGCCUCUACUCCAUCUUGGGGGAGGCCUAUUGUUUUGCCAUGAUUUUGACCUGGUUGUAGAUUUGAGUCUCGUCAAAAACCUGUAUGUCGAAGCAGAGGGCCUCCCUCUAUACAUGAAGCUUUCACGCUCCCAUUUCUCCGCCCCCCAGUUUCAAAACUUGACGAACAUCACACUGAACGGAUGCCCGGUUAACGAGCAGGAACUUGCGAGGAUGCUCGACCAUUGCACUCUUGUAUCGGUCUUCAGAUACAUAAUGUCUCACAAUUCCGUCCUCGCCAUACCUCCUGGUAUUGUCGUUCAAGCCCUACAGCGCAGACAUACGAAAUCCCUCCGUACUCUAUGCAUUCACGUGUUUAAUCGUAUUUGGGGUUCGGGUGAGAUCUCAACGCUUGCAUCAUUCAACAACCUCGAGAGCCUGUGGAUUGAUCUUGGAUCUAUCGACAACUCGAACAUCCCCCAUGAUCUUGUGGUGGAUGAGACGGCCAAUGGCAAUCAUCCCAGCUGGUACAACCCGCAGCCCAAUCACUUCUUUUUUACGCUUCCCCGCACCCUCAAGAGAACGUUUUUCUAUGGGGUCUCGGAGUGGCACGAAAAUUCCGUGGACUGGCUUAUCAGCAAUCAAGGGUGGCUGUCGUUUCCAGAACUUGAGGAAAUUGCGCUACAUUGCGCGGUUAAUGACAGAGUGGACAGGGUGGGCUCAAGUUUCAGUCACGGAGCAUCCCGGCACAGCUACAUUCGGUCUUCUAUGUGGCAGUAA